AUGGGGAGGACACCGGGUUGUGAGAAGGUAGGGUUGAAGAAAGGACCAUGGACUCCAGAAGAAGACAAGAAGCUUGUGGCUAGUGUUGAAAAACAUGGCCAUGGAAACUGGCGUUCAGUACCUGCCAAAGCGGGUCUUCAAAGAUGUGGAAAGAGUUGCAGGCUAAGAUGGAUGAACUACCUCAAACCCGAUAUAAAACGAGGAAACUUCAGCAUGGAAGAAGAUCGAACCAUUAUUCAACUCCAUGCUCUACUAGGAAAUAGAUGGUCAAUCAUAGCAGCUCACCUUCCCAAAAGAACAGACAAUGAGAUCAAGAACUAUUGGAACACCAACAUCAAGAAAAGACUCAUGAGAAUGGGCAUAGAUCCCAAAACCCACAAAGCAAUAAAAUCCAACACGUGUGAAGAAGCCUAUGGUGGUGUUCAUCAGUUCAAGGACACCAAUAAUAUUUGCCACGUGGCUCAAUGGGAGAGUGUUGGAGUAGAAUAUGAAGCCAGAGGAUCCAUUUUCCAACUUGGAUCUAGCUCCUCCUUCCAUCUUCCUCGGUUAACGAUAAGCAAAAUCCCAACUCAACCUUACCCUUCAUCAAAUUCACCAUCAACCAAACACAACAACACAAUGUAUCACAUGUUUGCCCUCAUGCUUGCCACAGAUCAUGUUGGUGUCCUUCACUCGCCUGUUUCCAUGUUGAGCUUUCCGGUUUCUUCACUCUCUUCCAAUGAAUGGAAAUUCAAAGAAGGUUCAUUCUCAUACAAGGGUGAUUGUGAUGUUAAGAUACAAAAUAAUAAUAGUCUAACUCAAAAUUAUGUGUCAUAUUUGCAAGAUGAUGACAUUAUGGUGGCUGUGGAAGCAUUUAGAGAACGAAAAUGUGAGAGUAUUCCAGAUUUGUUUGACGGUGACUGCAUUGGGAGGUGUAAUUAA